CAGGCUCAUUGCCCGGUGCCGGGAGGAGGGUGGCUACGUUGUGUCUAUUGUAUCCCUUAGCUAGUGUUUUUGUACAAUUCUCGGGACCUGUAAUUGAGAGUGAAAAGCAUGGCUGAUGAACAAGAAAUCAUGUGCAAAUUGGAAAGCAUUAAAGAGAUCAGGAGUAAGACUCUGCAGAUGGAGAAGAUCAAAGCCCGUUUGAAGGCUGAGUUUGAGGCCCUUGAAUCUGAAGAGAGGCACCUGAAGGAAUACAAGCAGGAAAUGGACCUUCUGCUACAAGAGAAGAUGGCUCAUGUGGAGGAACUCCGAUUGAUUCAUGCUGACAUCAAUGUGAUGGAGAACACCAUCAAACAGUCUGAGAAUGACCUAAACAAGCUGCUAGAGUCUACCCGUCGGCUACAUGAUGAAUAUAAGCCAUUGAAGGAACAUGUGGAUGCCCUGCGCAUGACUUUGGGCCUACAGAGGCUCCCGGACCUGUGUGAAGAGGAAGAAAAGCUCUCCUUGGAUUACUUUGAGAAGCAGAAAGCAGAGUGGCAGACAGAGCCUCAGGAGCCUCCUAUCCCUGAGUCCUUGGCCGCUGCAGCCGCCGCUGCCCAACAACUCCAAGUAGCUAGAAAGCAGGACACUCGGCAGACAGCCACCUUCAGACAGCAGCCUCCACCUAUGAAGGCUUGCUUGUCAUGUCACCAGCAAAUUCAUCGAAAUGCACCCAUAUGCCCUCUCUGUAAAGCCAAGAGCCGGUCCAGGAACCCCAAAAAGCCAAAACGGAAGCAAGAUGAAUGAAGAAAGAGAGAGCACAUAACCCUUCUUCUAGGCCACGGUAAUUGAUGUCCUGAUGUGAAACAACCCUUUCCCACUUCAACCAAGUCUCCUAUUUAUUGUGAUGGAAGCACAACCCCUCUCUCACUUUGUUCGUACUGGUAUUUCUUUCUCAUCUUGGGAUUUCUGG